UACGGCAAACUCGAGGUGGAGCUUCCGCAGCUUCAUCGCAACCGCCAUAUUUGUUUCCCUCCGAAGGAGGCUUUUACGUGCGGGAAUAGUGAGCUUUUAACGUACGAAACAUUCUCGUGUCACGCUCCUUGAAUUUGGCAUUCCCCUCCUGGAGGAGAGCCCUGCUCGCCAAUCGAUAUUCUCCCUACGCGGGCACUACUGAAAAGCGCUCAGCUACGGGUCGCGGGAGGGGGUUUUAACGUAGAAGCGAAGGGGGGGAACGCGUGAUCACACAAAUGCUACUAAUCGUCACAUUCCUAGAUAAACAAAACCGAAAUAUCACUCAAUCAAUGAAAAGAAAGAAAAAAAGCGCAGCACUCGUCACGGAGUGAGCGAAGAUUAUUCGAGAAGGAACCAAACGAAUAAAAAAAUUUUUUAAAAAUAAUAAAAAAAAAAAAAAUAAAAAAAAAAAACAUAAACACAUGAGAUCCAUGAGAAAUUGUGGAUGACGAAAAAACUCACUAAGCGAACUAACAAAAACGACACUUUAAAGCAAGAAUUUUUCCUACUCGCACUGCCCACGCAAGAUUUAACAUAAAACGACAAAACAAAAACAGUAUAAUAAACUAUUGUCCAAAAGUAACAGAAGAAGAAAGCAGGAAGGAUUUUUUGCUCGAGGCGAAUACACAAAAGUGUUCUUGCGAAAGCUUGCACCGCGUAACGUAAAAGGGGUUGAAUAAAAAUAAGGGUGCGAUUUCGCGAAAAAAAAAACAAACAAUUUCAAUAAGAAUAAAAAAAAAAAAAAGUAUUGGAGAUUACGAGAAAAAAAAAAGAGAGCGGAAGUUGGAUUCAAAGAUUUCGGGGAGGGUAUGGGAAAGACCCUCGGGAAACGGCGGAAAAGAUACAUUCGUUAUUAACGAGAGACUAUAAAUUAACGUCCAAGGGUUUACAUCGCGAUUUACACAUUCAUCGUUCCAAGCGAUAAGUAAAUAAGAAUAAAAAAGAAUUAAAAAAAAAGGAUUUAAAAUACGCGUCGCACAUUAUUACAAUCGCCCCCUUGACUACUGGCUGCCGCCAUUAGAUAGGUUCAAUUAUUCGUAAAUAGAUAUUGAAAAUAAAAGAUAAACCCAAAAAAAAAGAAGAUACGGUCUAGCGAAUCGCUUCGUUCACAUUGUAAGAUAAUUAUGAAAAAUAAAUAAAUAAUAAGGAUAAUAAGAAGUACAACAGCUUGAAUCGAGAGCUCAUUAAUUUGCUACCAAUUUUUAACACUAGAAUACACGUGACUUUUUCGCAGCUAUUCAGCAAAAAUACAACUGUCCCUUCGAAGAACGUGUGGAGAAUCAGAGAUUUUUCUUUCUCCCUCAUUCCUCGCACCUCGGUCGAUUGUUUCUUUGGAUUUAUCGUUUCAUCAAUUUUCCCUCGAUUUCUUGUGUUCGUUCUCACAUUUCUGAUAACUCGAAAAGUGAGAAAAACAAGGAAAAACAAAGAGUAACCGAUAAAAAUCUCUGGAAUACUGUAAAUAGCGCACGUGAUUGAAGGGUGAAGGGCGCGAGGGUCGCUAAGGGGGUUGAAAACAUAACCGGCAAAAUUCGUCGCAUAUCGUCGGGUCUUCGAGACCCGAAAACUGGCUCAAUCAUUGAUUCUGACGAGUCAACAGUGAUAAUGGGGGCGCAGGAAGAGGACGGUAAAUCGAGUAUCGUCGGGGACGGCGCCGAUGCUGGAAGCGCCGCUGGUGACCCGCGGGACAGCUUACCCGCUGGCGUCUUACCCGGCGUCGAAGUCGCUUCGCUCGUCGAAAAAGCAAAAUUUUACACUUCUCUCUGCCUCGGGACUACCGCCAUACUCGCCGUUUUCGGCUUUUUGUUCCUCAUCCCGUUCGUCGUUGAGCCUGCAAUAUCGACCAUACUCGCGGACUUUUCACCACACUCGGUCGCCUGUGUCGUCACCGAACACGUCUACGUCGAAGGACUGAAAAACUGCUCGUGGGCCAGCUGCAGAGAGGGAUGCACCAGCGCUGCGAUUCGCUGCCAUCAAAUAAAGGUCAACUACUCGAGAUUGACCUACGAGGAGUACGUUACCAAACCACCGAAUACGGUCGCGUGGGACGUCGCCGAUACCAAGUUUUUCGUCAACACCGAAGGCUGCGGCUAUCCACCGAGAGUCAAUUGUUCCGUAUUCGCUAAAAAAUAUGGUUACAAUAACAUGGGAAAAAUAUUUCCUUGCUAUUACAGCAGAACUUAUCCACACACGGUUGUCGCGAGGUAUUCCUGGGACGAAAAUUUACGACAAUUGAUUCUGGCUCUCGUCACGCCCAUAUUACUUUUCGUCAUAUCACUCGGUGUCCUCUGUUACUGGUACUGUCCACCGAUGAACAAGAGUUGCGGUGGUCCAGGAAGAAAUUUGAUCGACAAGUACGCGAGGAAGGAGGAUAUUCUUGGAGAGGACGAUUUCGAGGAGGACGAGGAGGAGUACUGAUUGUUGCCAAGGGCUCACCCCCCUGCGCGGGAGUGACGCCGAAAGUUUCGCCGAGGACGUUUGGCUUUCUUCGCAUUAUAAAGGAGGAGGGAUAAAAGAUUAAAUUUCGAUACGUGAGGGGGCCGAAUCGGGGGCGAAAUUCACGAACCGGGAGAAGUUCCGUCAGAGCCUUGGACGUCUCGUUCCGUCCCAGUUAAAAAUCGCGUGACGGAAAGUAAAAAAAAAAAAAAAUAACGACGAAACGGAAUAAAUAAUCUAGCAGCCACGAGCGAUAUCUGUUCUUCGAAUUAAUUCAUCAUCGAAUUAAGGAAAAAAAAAAAAAAAAUAAUUAAAAAAAAACGCACAGAGCUUCUUGCAAUGCAAAGAAAACAAAAGAUUUAAUUACGACAGUGACGAGAAGACAACCAAAUAAAGAUACGAGAUAAUUUCGAGAUUCUCUCAUUAAAAAUAUACGAUUUUGAAAAGAAAUGAAAAUACGACGAAAGACUCGAGGUUUUUUUCUCCAACACUCGUCGCUACUCGUUUCAAGUGUACAGUGUCCCAUUAAGUAUAUAUAUUGAAAAAUAAAUGAUUUAAAAAAGAGAACAAACGAGAAAAAAAAAACAAAAGUGAAAACGCUCAUUAUAUCGUGGUAUUGUUGCAAUUGUUAUAAUACGAGAGAAUGUAUGCAAGAAUUACACGGGACUGCUGCAAAUGACUUUUUUCCAAUCUCGAGAAUGAAAUUUCCUCGUAAUUCGUGUACGAGAUCGUUUCGGCGGAGUACAAUCAUUCCGACGUUUAUCGUAUUUGCAAUAUUUCAUUUGUUUAUUGCUUCAUACACGAAAUAAAAUGCCAUUAAAUUGAGACCAAGUUAAAAACCAAAAAACGAAAAAAAUAAAACAAUAAACGUGAAAGCGAAGCAGAAGAACCUACUUAAAAGAAGAAAUAAGAAUUAAACCAAAAUUUUGCGUGGCCUACAAUUUGUGAGAGAUUCGUCCGUUCACUUAUUACUCAUCGAUUAUUAUCAAUGCAUUCAUUUAUUUUGUUAAGUCAAAUAAUGUCAACGAAUGACUUCCAUACUUUCGAAAUGUUUUAUCAACAAACACCAAACGGUUCGUUGAUUCUUUGACGUAAGAUAUAAAAAUUGCAAAAACGACAGUAAAGUUAAGCCGGAGCCUUUUACAUCGCCUUACAACAAAAAAUAUAAAAACGAAGAAAAACAGUUCAAACACUCCGAAAAACGAUCAUUCGAUAACAGUAUUCCAUGAGAGAUUUAAAAUCGAUGAAAAACAAAGAUGAAAAAACAAAAACAACUGACGAGCGUGAUAUUGCGCGUCGAAAGAAAUAAAUCACACCUUCCGUAAUAUCGAGAUAAUUUAUUUCUUGUUUAUUAGAAUUAUAUAAAACUGUAAACAGAAGCUCUAUGGCCUCUCAUGCAUCAGCUAAUCCUAGAAAAUUUUUCAUACCCCUUCAGUAAUAAAACCGUAUAAAGCUGCCCGUAGGAGCUGAAGAAAGAAAAAUUUCGUAAAUUCAAGUCACGUGCGAUAGGUUCAAAUUAUUAUCAACCAUAGAAAAAUCUACCGAAAUCUUCUUACUAAUAAUUCCGCUUUAGUUGGAAGAAAUCUCGGCUGUUUCAUUCUUUCUCUCUCUCUCUCUCUCUUUUUUUUUGUUUUUUUUUUUUUAUUUCGAGAACGUUUUUCGUUGUAUAUAGAAAUAUUUAAAAAAUCCAAAGCUCCAAUCACGCGAAAUUCCUAGAAAUUUAAGUAUAGAAAUAAGUUCUUUGCCUGUGAAUAUUAUUGAAGUUAUCGAGAGAAUUAGAAGGACGUAUUAAGUGACGAAAGAAAAAGAAAUGUUAUUAAAUUGUUACGAUUUUUGUACGCGGGCACGAACGAGCUCGUGGUCCUCGUUGGGACGCACCUCGAGAUUAUUAGACGUUAAAAAGGAGCGAUGAGAGAUGAAAACAUGAGGAAUAUAAUUGGCUUCUUCAACGAAAUCCUUUAGCAACAAAUUUUGAAAAAACAAAAAAAAAAAAACAACAAAAAAAAACGUUAUUCUUCGUUCGUAGAAUGAUCGAGUACGAAAUUUGAUAGAGAAAAAAUGUUCAAAUUAUUGAAAAAUAUUAUCAUGAGUUGUCACCGUUUUAAAAUUGAGGAAUACAAAGUGUGAGAAUAUUGUGAUUUAAACAUUCGCACUGAUCUGCCACAAAAGUUCAACUCUGCAUUUUCGUUUGUAAAAAAUAAAAAAAAAAAAAAAAAAAAAAAAA